ACACACACUUCGCUUGUAAUUAUUGUCAUCAAACACAAAACAAUCACAGAAUUUACUCAGAUAUUUGACUAUUAGGUGAGGUGAGUUUCCAGGAAACGACAAGAAAUCUGGCAAAUCUUGGAGGAUUGAGAGCUCGCUUGUCGUUGAAGCAAGCAAUAUCAGAUUGCCAAAACGACGACGAAGAGUGUCGACGUUGGCGUUUCAGGCUUUCCUCUUCGAUGGCUGCUUUUACAUGGGGUUCUCUUCUUAGGAUCACUUUCUUUCUUCUCCUUAUUGCCGCUGUUGUUUUCGGCUUCUUCACUCUCCCUGUUGAAAAGAUUUUGAAGGAUUUCUUGUUAUGGGUUGAGCAGGAUCUUGGACCUUGGGGUCCUCUCGUACUGGCUGUUGCAUAUAUUCCUCUAACAGUCUUGGCUGUUCCAGCAGCAGUGCUUACUCUUGGUGGUGGAUAUCUUUUUGGGUUGCCACUGGGCUUUGUUGCUGAUUCUAUUGGUGCCACCAUUGGUGCCGGGGCAGCUUUUCUUCUAGGAAGAACGAUUGGGAGAUCUUUUGUUGUCUCUAAGUUGAAGGAUUAUCCGAAGUUUAGGUCAGUUGCAAUUGCAAUUCAGAAGUCUGGCUUCAAGAUUGUUCUGCUGCUACGACUUGUUCCUUUACUGCCCUUUAACAUGCUGAAUUACCUGCUUUCUGUCACUCCUGUUCCGAUAGGGGAAUACAUGCUGGCUUCCUGGAUAGGAAUGAUGCCAAUAACACUUGCUUUCGUAUACAUUGGAACAACUCUCAAGGAUCUUUCUGAUGUGACGCAUGGGUGGAGUGAGUUUUCAACAACUCGUUGGGUAUAUAUCAUAUUGGGCCUUCUUGUAUCUGUGGUUCUAAUCUUUUGUGUUACUAAAGUCGCCAAGUCUGCCUUGGAUAAAGCUUUGGCCGAAAAUGAAGAUCUAGAUUUCAUAUUGGCCUCGUCACAAUUAACUAUUGUGGCGGAUAUUCCUGUUAAUCUGAACCAGCCUCUUAUUAUCAAGAUAGACCCAUCUGAAGACAAGCAUGAAAAAUGAAAUUCAUAAUUCGUGUAAAUUCUUUUCGUACCUUUUUGAUGGGCAAUGCUCUUAUUUAAUAGCUCACCAUUAAGUGCCUGUCAUUUGUUAUUCGCAUAUCUGUACAGUCCGAUCUUUUACAAAAAGAAAAAGAAGAAAAGGUUAAAAAUAAACAAAUUUGUAGGUAUGGAUUGAAGUGGCUGAUCGGCAUUUAAAAUAGUGUUGAAUGAGCUUUGUAUUCUCUAUUGGGAUUAAAAAAUCACCGAAGAAUGAAAGAAAUCAUUGUUUCUAA